AUGCGUUCGUCUUACUUGCUCGCCGGUGUCUAUCUAUUCGCUGCUGUCUCUGGUGCCAUCAACGAUAUCGAGGAACGAGCUGAUCCCCUGAGCGAUAUCAUUCCCUCGCCAAGUGCCACUGGUGGCGAUACUGCAACUUCAUCUGCCAGUGAUACCAAAACCAACACUGUUGCCUCGCAGACCGAAACUGCUCCCGCAACAUCAUCAACAAGCUCUGCGCCUGAGCCUACCUCGACCUCUACCACAUCACAGGCCCCACCGACCACGUCUACAUCGACGACUUCGACUUCGUCGACCUCGUCCACUUCGUCUACAUCUACUACAUCUUCUAAAUCGUCUACGUCAACCACGGAUACAGUCGCUUCUCAGACCACCAACCCCCCAUCAACUAGCUCGACCUCGACUGCUCCAGACGCGACUGCCUCCGCUACUCAUACUGGACCCGUUACAGAGACCACCACUAUCUCUUCCGGAACCUCAACCAGCACUGGAACCGAUGCUGCAGCAUCUAGCACUUCCCCUAAUGCCAGCAUCAGCACGGGUGGAUCCAGCUCCAGCAGUGGACUGAGCACAAACACAAGGAAUACUAUCAUCGGUGUUGUCGUUGGUGUCGGUGGUGCCAUUUUGAUCGCUGGGAUCGCCUUCGUUUUGUGGAGAGUCUGGGGACGCAACCGACAUAGUGAUGACAACGAUGAGGAUGAUCUGAUGGGUACCGGCACUGCAGUGGGCUCCAACCUCCGCGAAAAGGCACCUAGCCCGGGAUCUACUGGAACGCCAUUCCGAUCUACCCUUGACCAGUACCACAAUCCGGGCCCUGUGAACGCCGCCUCCAACUUCUAG